GUCAUCAGAUUUUUACAGAGGAUUAGAUAAUCCUAUUUUCUUCAUCUUCUUCAGCUGGAUAAGAUCUUCUCUCUCCUUUACUCCAUUACUCCAUUACUAUCUAAAACUAACCUUUUUCAGAGGAGAGAGAAAAUCAUCAAUUCAUCAACAGCAACAACAACAACAAAGUUAAACAUCCACUUCCAUGGAAGCUACACUUCAUUUCACAGCGAUAACUCCAUUUUCCCGCCAAUUUCCUUCUCCCUCCUCCACCUCAAAACUCAGCAACUGUCCUUCUUCUUCAUGGACUGGUUCAACUCUCGCCAUUAGUCUCUCAUCAAGAAAUUCUUUCACUAGAGAAUUAUGGAGAGGUGUGAAUUCGAAAUGCGUAACUACAACAGGUCCAAGAGAUAUGCGGAAUGUUAUUAGGGCUGAGAUGUUUGGCCAGCUCAGUACUGGUCUUGAAGCUGCUUGGUCUAAACUUAGAGGCCAAGAGGUCCUGACCAAAGAAAACAUUGCGGAACCCAUGCGAGAUAUCAGAAGAGCUCUACUGGAAGCAGAUGUGAGCCUUCCAGUUGUAAGAAGAUUUGUUCAGUCUGUUAGUGAUCAGGCUGUUGGAGUUGGAUUGAUUCGAGGAGUAAAACCUGAUCAGCAAUUAGUCAAAAUUGUGCGUGAUGAACUUGUAAAGUUAAUGGGCGGAGAGGUUUCUGAACUUGUUUUUUCAAAAUCUGGUCCCACUGUAAUACUAUUGGCAGGAUUACAAGGGGUUGGGAAGACAACUGUUUCUGCAAAGUUGGCCUUUUAUCUUAAGAAGCUGGGAAAGAGCUGCAUGCUUGUUGCAGGAGAUGUUUACAGACCUGCAGCAAUUGACCAACUUGCUAUUCUAGGAAAGCAGGUGGAUGUACCUGUUUAUACAGCAGGUAUUGAUGUUAAACCUUCAGACAUAGCUAAGCAAGGUCUAGCGGAGGCCAAAAAGAAGAAUAUGGAUGUGGUCAUAGUUGAUACUGCCGGAAGACUUCAGAUUGACAAGGCAAUGAUGGAUGAGUUGAAAGAAGUGAAACGAGCAGUAAACCCUACUGAAGUUUUGCUAGUUGUAGAUGCAAUGACUGGUCAAGAAGCUGCAGCUUUAGUCACCACUUUUAACCUAGAGAUCGGUAUUACUGGGGCUAUCUUAACAAAGCUAGAUGGAGAUUCUAGAGGUGGGGCAGCUCUCAGUGUCAAAGAGGUGUCAGGAAAGCCAAUAAAGCUUGUAGGCCGAGGUGAGCGCAUGGAGGAUCUUGAACCUUUCUAUCCAGAUCGUAUGGCAGGACGCAUAUUAGGGAUGGGAGAUGUUCUUUCAUUUGUGGAGAAAGCACAGGAAGUUAUGCAACAAGAAGACGCUGAAAAUCUUCAAAAGAAGAUUAUGAGUGCAAAGUUUGACUUCAAUGACUUCCUAAAGCAAACUCGUGCAGUUGCACAGAUGGGUUCGGUGAGCCGUGUAAUUGGGAUGAUUCCAGGCAUGGCUAAGGUUACCCCUGCGCAAAUUCGAGAAGCAGAAAAGAGCUUGAAGAUAAUGGAAGCAAUGAUUGAAGCCAUGACUCCAGAGGAAAGGGAGCAACCAGAACUCUUGGCUGAAUCUCCGGCAAGGAGAAAACGGGUUGCCCAAGAUUCAGGGAAAACUGAACAGCAGGUUAGCCAGCUCGUGGCUCAAAUUUUCCAAAUGCGUGUUCGCAUGAAGAAUUUAAUGGGUGCAAUGGAAGGUGGUUCCAUACCUGCACUUGAGAAUCUUGAAGAGUCUCUUAAAACUGAAGAAAAGGCUCCACCUGGAACUGCAAGAAGAAAGAGAAAAUCAGUGUCAAGAAAGCAAUAUGCAGAUUCAGGUUCAACCAGACCAAGUCCUCGUGGCUUUGGGGCAAGCAACUAACGAAAAUCUAGCUUCUAGGAACUUUCUACUCGCCAACACGCAUAUCACCAUUCUUCUUUAAGGUGUGAUCUGAAAUUUACGCGUUAUAAAGCACCUUGAAUUGUCACCUCCAACUCCAUGAACUCCCGCCCUUGCUUAUUGAUGUAAGAUUAUACAAUGCCUCUUUACUGGAAAUGUAUGAUGUGUUUUGCAGCCAAUCAUGUAUUGUUUUUUGAUAGUGAAGAAAUUAGAUAAAAAUUCUCAGCAUACUUCUGAAAUGAUGUCAAGAAACAGUAUAGAGAUCCUCCUUUUCUGAUUUAA